AUGCCCAGAGUGGAUGAACUGGGCACUCGGCGUUGGAGGCGUCCCACUACACCAACUUCGGGUUAUGACAAAGAUGCAGUAAUACCCAAAUUCAACUUGAUUGUAUAUAUUUACAAGAGAUGGUUUUGCGACGUGAUAAAUGCUGUACGUGCUCCGACAAGCGCACAAACUCUGACGGACAACGGAUGUCGAUCUGUCAUUGGCCGCCGUGUUGUUCAAAACUGCCCUGGUGCCUGUCUCGCUAACCAGCUAGUCCCCAUCAGUCCCCACACCACACACGAUACCACAUUUUCGAUUUGCAACUUUUUCCAUCAACCACUUUCGCACACGAAAUCCAUACAGGACGCCCAUGGAUACCCUCUGGUGCAAACUCGACAACAUGGACAACGGCUUAUAUCAAUAUGGAUGACGAAUAUUCCGAAGGAUGUACACCACCCUACCUCACAUCAAUCUCCUGGUAGUAGAACACAAUCAGGCUCAAAGAUCGGGAAUGGAGCCAGAACCUGGAAACAGAAUCCUCGGAGCCCCCACAAACCUACGCACGCCCAUAUCGUGACCGCCAAACAUGGCCAACACGGAGACACUGUCAGCUCACAUGUCGAAGUUGGCACUUGUCAUAUAGUGGUAUGGAUUAUACUUUAG